GUCAAGAAAUCAGCCGCUGUCGCCAGAGGACUUUUUUUCCCCUGCUCGAAUGAAACAACUUUUUUUGUAAAUAGAGCCUGCGGCGAGGACACGACGAGGAAGACAAAUGCGAAAAUGCGAGAAGAAAUCCAGGAAGAGAGUGUGUGCUUAUUAAAAAUUCAGCGCGCGAGAACAGACAAUAUCGCCCUUUCGGAUGAGUUGUGGCAGCACCGAGGAUAAACACAACAGUAACGGGCUCCAAACAGCGGUGAAUGGGGUGACACGAAGCGGAUACCUGGGUUAAAACCGAGUCCAGAGUAUUUUCAAGCGGCCAAAAACCAAGGGGAAGGGGAGGAGAGGGGGGCAAAGAAAACGCCCUGCUGCCUGUUGCUGGUAUCUCCAAAUCCAAACUUUAUCGCCGAGUUGGAAAAAUGCAUCUAUGGCUCAACGGGAGGUGAUAAUUCAUGUGUAAGCCUGUCUUUAUUAGCCUAAAGUCAAAGUGCUAGCCACCUGGGGCCUGCUCACUUGGUAACUUUUGGAAAGCGGGGAGUCUGUGUCUGCUUUGGGAAUAUUUUCUCCUCAUUGUGCACACUAGCUAUUCCUGUUGGAAACGAUUUGGGUGGGCUGAGAGCCCACGGCUGCUCCGCUAGGCCCACAGCCAUUAGCCAGGAACAAAGAGGUGUCACAUGUAAACUCACACACUUUUAGGGGAAAAAAACCCUCCACAUAUAUAUUUUUUUACUCAACUUUUAACGACCGACGCUGCAGACAUGUCUCUGGGCGCCGAGAGGAGGAUGGAGACCCGGCUGAAGAAGCUGGAGGACAUGAUCCGAGACCCCAGAUCUGCCAUAAACCUGGAAAGUUUGCUGGAUUCCAUAAACGCCCUGGUCCUUGACUUAGAUUAUCCAGCACUACGUAAAAACAAAAACAUUGAAACCUUCUUACACAGAUAUGAGAAAGUCAUAGGACAAGUACGGAACCUCCAGAUGAAGUCUGAAGACUUUGACAGAGUUAAAGUCAUCGGUCGAGGGGCAUUUGGUGAGGUUCAACUGGUCCGACAUAAAGCCUCUCAGAAGGUCUAUGCCAUGAAGCUGCUGAGCAAGUUUGAGAUGAUCAAACGUUCAGAUUCUGCCUUUUUCUGGGAAGAACGGGACAUCAUGGCCUUUGCCAACAGUCCCUGGGUGGUGCAGUUAUGCUGUGCCUUCCAAGAUGAGCACUACCUCUACAUGGUGAUGGAGUACAUGCCAGGAGGUGACCUGGUCAACCUCACCAGCACUUAUGAUGUGCCAGAGAAAUGGGCCAAGUUCUACACAGCAGAGGUGGUGAUGGCUCUGGACGCCAUUCACUCCAUGGGUUUCAUCCACAGAGACGUUAAGCCUGAUAACAUGCUGCUGGACAGACAUGGACACCUGAAACUGGCCGACUUUGGCACAUGCAUGAAGAUGGACACGACUGGCAUGGUGCAUUGUGAUACCGCGGUCGGGACUCCAGACUACAUCUCUCCUGAGGUGUUAAAAUCCCAGGGAGGAGAUGGAUACUAUGGGAGAGAGUGUGACUGGUGGUCUGUAGGGGUCUUCAUCUUUGAAAUGCUUGUUGGUGACACACCGUUUUAUGCCGACUCUCUGGUGGGAACCUACAGUAGAAUCAUGGACCAUAAAAAUUCCCUCAACUUCCCUGACGAUGUAGAGAUCUCCAAAGAUGCCAAAAGUAUCAUCUGUGCCUUCCUGACUGACAGGGAGGUGCGAUUGGGCAGAAAUGGCGUGGAAGAAAUUAAACGACACCCUUUCUUCAGAAACGACCAGUGGACCUUUGACACCAUCAGAGACACGGUUGCCCCCGUGGUCCCGGAGCUGAGCAGUGACAUUGACACCAGUAACUUUGACGAGAUUGAAGAAGACAAAGGCGAUGUUGAAACUUUCCCCACGCCAAAGGCUUUUGUUGGAAAUCAGUUGCCUUUCGUCGGCUUUACUUACUUCAAAGAGGACCAGUUACUAAAUGCUUCCAAUAAUUCCUCUGUGACUCAUGAGAAUUCAAAAGGAGAGUCUGUCGCUCUGCAAAAGAAACUCCACCUUCUUGAGGUGCAACUGAACAAUGAGAAGCAGGUCAAAGAUGAUCUUGAACACAAGUACAGAUCUGCCAGCAGCCGUUGCGACAAAAUCUCCAAAGAACUUGAGGAAGAGGUGAGCAGCAGAAAAAAUCUAGAAUCGACUCUGAGGCAGCUGGAGAGGGAGAAGGCCCUACUGCAGCACAAGAGUCUGGAAAGCCACCGCAAGGCUGAGAACGAGGCCGAUAGGAAACGAUGCCUGGAGAAUGAAGUCAACAGCCUUCGAGACCAGUUGGAUGACCUGAAGAGAAGAAACCAAAAUUCACACAUUUCCAAUGAGAAGAACAUUCACCUGCAAAAACAGCUGGAAGAAGCCAACACGUUGCUGCGGGCUGAGUCUGAGGCAGCGACGAGGCUGCGUAAAACCCAGACCGAUAACAGCAAGCAGCUGCAGCAGCUGGAGGCCAAUGUGCGUGAGCUGCAGGACAAAUGCUGCCUGCUGGAGCGUAGCAAGCUCAGCCUGGAGAAGGAAUGUAUCAGCCUACAGGCCGCUCUGGAGACGGAGAGGAGGGAGCACAGCCAGGGAUCAGAAACCAUCAGCGACCUGAUGGGCCGGAUUUCUGGACUAGAAGAGGAGGUUCGCCAGCAGAGACAAGCUCUGUCCAAAGCUGAUACUGAGAAGAGACAGCUCCAGGAGAAACUCACAGAUCUGGAGAAGGAGAAAAGCAACAAAGAGAUCGAUCUGACCUACAGACUGAAGGUUCUGCAACAAGAGCUGGAGCAGGAGGAGUCCUCUCAUAAAGCAACCAGGGCAAUGCUGGCGGACAAGAGCAAGAUCAAAGUGACCAUCGAGGGUGCCAAAUCUGAGUCCAUGAAAGAGAUGGAACAGAAGUUGGCGGAGGAGCGAGCAGCCAAACUGCGGCUGGAGAACCGAAUACUAGAGCUGGAGAAGCACAGCAGCAUGAUGGACUGUGACUAUAAACAGGCUCUGCAGAAACUAGACGAGCUGCGUAGACACAAGGACCGCCUCACGGAGGAGGUGAAGAAUCUGACGCUGAAGAUUGAGCAAGAGACACAGAAGCGCAAUCUGACUCAGAACGACCUGAAGGCUCAGAACCAGCAACUCAACUCUCUGCGAACCUCCGAGAAACAGCUCAAGCAGGAAACCAAUCACCUGCUGGACAUUAAACGCAGUCUGGAGAAACAGAACCAGGAGCUGCGCAAAGAAAGACAAGACACAGAUGGGCAAAUGAAGGAAUUACAAGAUCAGUUAGAGGCUGAGCAGUAUUUCUCUACGCUGUAUAAGACCCAGGUUCGUGAACUAAAGGAGGAGUGCGAGGAAAGAAACAAACUUUACAAAGACAUGCAGCAGUCUCUGCAGGAGCUACAGGAAGAGAGGGACUCAUUGGCGGCACAGCUUGAGAUCACACUGACAAAAGCUGACUCAGAACAGCUGGCACGUUCGAUCGCAGAGGAGCAGUACUCAGACCUGGAGAAGGAGAAGAUAAUGAAGGAGCUGGAACUGAAGGAGAUGAUGGCCCGACAUCGUCAAGAGCUGGCUGAAAAGGACAUCACAAUCACUUCGCUGGAGGAGGCGAAUCGCACUCUGACCAGUGAUGUUGCCAACCUUUCCAAUGAGAAGGAAGAGCUGAACAACAAACUGAAGGAGACACUAGAAGAAACUGAGAAAUCGAAGGAUUGGGAGCAGCAGAUCAGCCAGAUGAAGCAGGCAUUUGAGAAACAGCUACAGUCAGAGAGGACACUGAAAACUCAGGCUGUCAAUAAACUGGCGGAGAUCAUGAAUAGGAAGGAGGUGCGUGGAGGAGGCAGCCGCCGUGGUAACGACACAGACAUGCGGCGAAAGGAGAAAGAAAACAGGAAGCUGCAGCUGGAGCUGAGAUCAGAGAAGGAAAAACUCAACAGCACCAUCAUCAAAUACCAGCGAGAAAUCAACGAAGUGCAGGCGCAAUUAGCAGAUGAGAGUCAGAUGCGUAUUGAGCUGCAGAUGGCUCUGGACAGUAAAGACAGUGACAUCGAGCAGCUGAGGAAUCACCUGCAGACCCUCAGUGUCCAGUCCAUUGACUCUACCAGUGUUAGCAGCGGUCCAGAGUUUGACGCUGAUGAUGCUUAUACAGAAACAAGGCUUGAGGGUUGGCUGUCUCUCCCUGUGAGAAACAACACCAAGAAGUUUGGAUGGGAGAAAAAGUAUGUUGUAGUGAGCAGCAAGAAGAUUCUUUUCUACAACAGCGAACAAGAUAAAGAGCAGUCCAUUCCGUACAUGGUGCUUGAUAUAGACAAACUCUUCCAUGUGAGGCCUGUCACUCAAACAGAUGUGUACCGGGCUGAUGCCAAAGAGAUCCCCAGGAUAUUCCAGAUUCUUUAUGCCAACGAGGGUGAGAGCAAAAAGGAACCUGAAGAACUUCCCACUGGAGAGAAAUCCAGUUACAUCUGCCACAAAGGCCACGAGUUCAUCCCCACACUGUACCAUUUUCCCACCAACUGUGAAGCGUGCACCAAGCCGCUGUGGAACAUGUUCAAGCCACCGCCAGCGCUGGAGUGUCGGCGCUGCCACAUCAAGUGCCACAAGGACCACAUGGACAAAAAGGAGGAGAUCAUCGCACCCUGUAAAGUUAACUACGACGUGUCCACGGCCAAGAACCUGCUGCUGCUGGCUAUCUCUCAGGAGGAACAGCAGAAGUGGGUGAGCCGACUAGUCAAGAAGAUCCCGAAGAAGCCUCCACCACCAGAGCACUUUGCACGCUCCUCACCACGUGCCUCCAUGAAGGUCCAGCCCAGUCAGUCCAUGAGGAGGCCCAGUCGACAGCUGCCCACCAGCAAGAGCAGGUCCUUUGACCUCAGCACUCACAGGUCAAAUGGCUUCAAAAAGAGGCGAGAAGACUUCAACGAACACAAAUGACGGCUUGUUCCAUCCUGUGCUUCCUUUAGCCCAGAUGUUUCCCUGUAGACGACUGAAUUCCCGAAUUUAACCUUGCUUGGGAGUGUGGUGCAUCUUCAAGGUGGUGGGGCGCAUUUCCUCCUAAAUCAAAGACUGUAAACAAAGCUCCGUAUUUUUGCAGAUCAGCACACUGAUACAAACUCUUCUUCACUUCUCCACAGCCCACCCUGUCCUGACAGCUACAGAGGCUGUUUUCCCUUUGAUUCAAGCUCUUUUUAUUUUUUCCAGCCACUUGAAGCGGUAACGACUAUCAUUCUCACCUCAGCACCUGUGAUCUUUUCGGCAAGCUGGAUUGCUUGUAAGCGUAUUAGUGGAAGUCUUCUCUUGGGCCCUUGACUUGAGCAAUUAUGUGUCUCUGGGGGCUGGAGUAGCUCAUUUAGCUCCCACAGGAUGGAAGGGGAGCUCUUACAAAGCCCAGCCAUACUGGCAAGAAGCGGAUACACUUACCUCAACACUAGGGCACACUGUCUGAUUGAAGGACCCUGCAAGAAAACUCUGAACUCUUCCUCACCACCUUUGGGGAAUUUUGUGGCCAAAUUAAAUAAAAAGACAUUCUUGUGUUUGCCGAUUGUGGACAAUAUGAAGGGUUUAAUGGGGAACACUACACUCAGAAGAUGCUAAAUUCUGUGUUAUUUCUUUUGCUGAAUACAGCUGAAGCUCUUGAACUUGGUCCCUGAUACAGUGCAGUUUCUGUACUUUGGCUGAUUGAAACUCAUUGAUUGUAGCUUGUUGCUUCCCUCAAUUCACCUCUCAUGUGCGUGUCCACACAGGUCAUAGAAACUUGAAUAAGGUACAGGGAUAAACGAGUUGUGACUUCUAGGAAAGUCAAGGCUGGGAGCAUUACAUUCCUCCAGGCUUUGAGCAAAUAAUUCCUUGAGUGCCUCUUAUUCAGAUUUCUGACUCGGGCACACUCUGAAGCAUCAGUAUGUCAUUGUGUGACUACAAUAAUGUUCAUAGGUGAACACAGUCCUGCUCUGAACAGCCUUAGAUGGAGAGCCAGGCAUGAGAUCCUCCCAAACGUACAACCCUGCACUGUCAGUUAUGAGGGUUAAUGUUUACUGAACUCAAGGGGUGCACCAUUAAUGCUUUUCUGAUCCGAGCUCGGCUCCUUUUGUUGUUUGAAUGUACUUCUGGGCUUUACCAGAGACGACACACAGGCAUUGUAUUACUUGUAUCCAAAUGUACUUGACUGAAGCCCCCUUUUCAUCACAAACUGAGUGAACUUGCAUGUGUUUGCCUUUUCAGGCCUCACACUUAAGUGCUGUCACCUCCAGGCCUCCACUUAUUAGAAAUGUAGUCAUUAGACAUUCCCUAUCCAUGGAAAUGACCAAUGAGAUGCAGAAACAGGGAAGGUAUGCAGUCAUAUCCCAUAAGUCAGAAUACUGAGCAGCACUAUUCCAUUGAAAGUUUUUCUAAAAGUGUUUGUCCUGAUAUUUUUGUAUUAAAAGUAACCAGACUCUUAGUUUGGGCACGUUGUUGUGUGUAUGUGGCUUAUAUAGCACAUGGAGAGUAACUGUGUGUGUGCGUGUGCACUGAGUGCUCUCCUUUAACCAAGAAGCAUGUUUUAUACAUAUAAAUAUACACAGUAUAUAUUUUACAUGCCAUACAGUGCACAUUAUAUUAUUUAUACAGCCUUGUCCACUUUGUAUUUAAGGGCUCUACAUCCAGAUUGCAUGUUUGCUACCAAACAGCUCUAUAAUAACCACUUCAACAAUAAAGACAUGGAUGUGCCUUUUGUUUA